AUGUCCUAUGUAUCGUCAAUUGAAUUACGAAAAGUUCGACCGGAAGUUGUCAAUGAAAAAAGUGUGAUUGAAUCAGUUGUUGGUCUUCUUCAAGAUGUCGUAGACAAAGUUCCUCAAGCAUAUGCUAUAUCUUCACGUCCUACAACAAAUAAUGAUCAAUUAGAACCAAUUGAAUGGGUUCGUUUUCUUUCUAAUGCACACAAUUGGCAUUCAUCAAUACGUACUGAUACAUUGGUUCUAUUAAUUGCUUAUAAAAGUACUUUAACAUUAUGGUCAAUUGAAACAAAUGGUAUAGCAAAUGAAUUAUUUUCUAUUCGUGAACAUAAUAUUUGUUCAGCAUGUUUAUUAACAAUAAAUUCAUCAUAUGAUGAUACAUAUUCAUCUCAUCGACCACUAAUUGCAUUUGCUAAAUCAGCUGGACCACCAUCAAUACAAAUACGUUCAUUAAAAAAUGAUCAACAAAUAAUCAAAUUAUUAAAUUUACCUGGUAUUGGUAUUCAAACUGAACCAAUAUUAAUUGAAUCAAAUAAUUCUGUACUUAUUUGUGCUACACAUACAUUUAUUAUUGGUUAUGAUAUAAUAAAAUUUAAUGAAAAAUUUUUUCUAACUAAUUUAUAUUCAUCAUUACCAUUAGCAUUAUCAACACGAUGGUUAGCAUUUGUUGAUUAUCGUCUUUAUUUAAUUCAUCAAUCAUCAGGUGGUAUUAAUAGUAAUAUAUCAGAACAAAAUGUAUCAUAUACAGGUGUUAUGUUAAAUGCAGCUAAAUCAUUAUCAAAAAGUGUUGUUAAAAUAGGCGAAAGUGUAUUAGGUUAUAGUGGACAACAAAUAAAUAAUUUGAAUUUAAAUGAAAAAAUAUCACCACCUAAACAACCAUUAUCAUCAACAAUGCAUAAUACAACGAAUAAUAAUGGUAAUACAAAUUCAACACGUCAUAGACAUGGAUCUGGAAAAGAUGAAUUGCAAGCAGGUGUAGUAACAAUCGUAGAUACAAUUAAAUUAUUCGGAUCAACAGUUCAUGAUGAAAGACAAAAUUGGAUUAUAGCUCAUUUUCAAGCUCAUACUGAACCAAUUGGAUAUUUACAAUUUAAUCCAAGUGGACAUUUACUUGUUACAUGUGAUACUAGUGGACAUUAUUUUAAUGUAUUAGAAAUUCAAGUAUCACCUUAUCGUUGUACAAGAACAUAUAUUAAACAUUUAUAUACUUUAUUUCGUGGAGAUACUGAUUGCCGAGUAUCCCAUAUGACAUUUACAACUGAUAGUCGAUGGCUUGCUGUAUCAACAAAACGAGGAACAACACAUUUAUUUGCCAUUAAUCCAUACGGAGGUGUUGCUAAUGUUCGUACUCAUACAAAAAAUUAUGUUGUAAAUAAAGUAGAUCGUUAUCAUCGUACAGCUGGUCUCGAAGAACAAUCAAUACGUCAAUCAAAUACUAAUACAAAUGAUAAUAGUUUAAAAGAUAUUUCAUCAAAUACUUUAAUUAAUUCUUCAUCAAAUGUAAAUAAUCAUACUAAUAAUUCUUUAUCAUCAACACGCACUAAACGAACAAAUGCUGAAUGUAUAUUUUCAACAGCUGUUACAAUAAUUCGUCAGCCAACUGAUAAUUUUGUUAGUGGUCUUACUGCACCAUUCAAUAUUGAUUCAUUAUGUAUGGCUGCAAUAUUUGGUAUCUCACGUGGUUUUCUCAAUCCAGAAGAUAUGAUUAAUCAUCAAGAGCAUACAUCACGUGCUUGUAGUUCAUUAUAUAUUAUUAGUUGGCAUGGUAGACUUAUUGAAUAUGUGCUUGAAUCUGUACCCGAUACAAGUAAGCAUGGUGCACGUGUUACACCGGAAACUCCACUUGCUCUUAAAACUUCUCCAAAAGCUCAAUGGCCACUUCAAAAAUUAACAACAUGGCCUGAAGUUCGUAUGUCAGUUGCCAAUGCAUUUUUAUCUCAAGGACAUCGACCAACAUCAGCAAAUAAAGUCCAUUCAAAUGAUGAUUGGCUUCGACAAGUUGAAAUAAAUACAUGUAUUGGUCCCCAUCGUCGCUUAUGGAUGGGUCCACAAUUUCAAUUUAAACAUUAUUCGGAAGCAACAGUUAGUAUUUGUCAUCCAAAUUCAAAUGUAAUCACAGCUGAUUCACCUCAAACAUCAAUGAAUAUUGUUGAUGCUGAUUUAAAAAGUUUACCAAUACAAUGGUCAAAAUCACCACCCGUUCAACUACUAAAUCUACAUAAAGAUGUUGCACCUGCUUAUAUUGAAGUUGGUUCUGGUAGUUUUCAAGAUGCACCAUCAUUAAGUAUAUAUGGAAAUUCAUUUGAUAGUUUACAAUCGGAUAUUGAAAUUGACCUUGUUGAAAAAUUAGCUGAUGCUGCUGUUGAUAUAUCAUUAAAAAAUAGUGGUAUUGGUGAUACAACUGAUUCAUUGACAUCAUCGAGUUGUAGUAGUAAUAUUGCUACACGUCCAUCACAAACAAAUUAUUCACUUGAAAAUAUGAUCCCAUUUUCUGAUACAGGCGAUCCAACAGAUUAA